AUGUCGGAGGCGGGGGGCGCGGGCCGGGCGCGGGCCGCCGUGGCGCGGCUCUCGGAGGCGGUGGGCGAGCGGCGGCGGCGGCUGGGCACCGCCAUGGGGGAGGCGCGGCGGCAGCGGCGGCUGCUGCUGGUGGUGGUGUGCGUGGCGCUGCUGCUGGACAACAUGCUCUACAUGGUUAUCGUGCCCAUCAUCCCCGACUACAUCGCGGCCAUGCGCGGCGGGGGGGGCGCCGCCGGCCCGUCCGCGCCCGCGGGGGGCAACGAGAGCGGCGGCGGCAACCGGAGCCUCCUGCCGGCGCGGUACCCGCCGGCCGCGGGGGGCAACGAGGACGUGCAGAUCGGGGUGCUGUUCGCCUCCAAGGCCAUGCUGCAGCUGCUGGUGAACCCGCUCAGCGGCACCCUCAUCGACCGCGUGGGCUACGAGGCGCCGCUGCUGGCCGGGCUGGCCGUCAUGUUCCUCUCCACCGCCACCUUCGCCUUCGCGGAGAACUACGCGACGCUGUUCGCGGCGCGCAGCCUGCAGGGGCUGGGCUCGGCCUUCGCCGACACGGCCGGCAUCGCCCUCAUCGCCGACCGCUACGCCGAGGAGCCGGCGCGGAGCCGCGCCCUGGGCACGGCGCUGGCCUGCAUCUCCUUCGGCAGCCUGGCCGCCCCCCCCUUCGGCGGCGUCCUCUACGAGUUCGCCGGCAAGCGGGUGCCCUUCCUGGUGCUGGCCUGCGUCUGCCUCCUCGACGGGCUGCUGCUGCUGGCCCUGGCGCCGCCCUGUGCCACCGGGGCGCGGGCCAACAUGCCCGUCGGCACCCCCAUCCACCGCCUCAUGGUUGACCCCUACAUCGCCGUGGUGGCGGGGGCCCUGGCCACCUGCAACAUCCCCCUGGCCUUCCUGGAGCCCACCAUCGCCAACUGGAUGAAGGAGUCCAUGGGGGCCAGCGAGUGGGAGGUGGGCCUCACCUGGCUGCCCGCCUUCUUCCCCCACGUGCUGGGCGUCUACAUCACCGUCCGGCUGGCUGCCGCGUACCCCCACCUCCAGUGGUUUUACGGGGCCCUGGGCAUGGCCAUCAUCGGUGCCAGCUCCUGCCUGGUGCCAGCCUGCAGGAAUUUCGGGCAGGUCAUCGUACCCCUCUGCGGCAUCUGCUUCGGCAUCGCCCUGGUGGACACGGCCCUGCUGCCCACCCUGGCCUUCCUGGUGGACGUGCGCCACGUCUCUGUCUAUGGCAGCGUCUACGCCAUCGCAGACAUCUCCUACUCUGUGGCGUACGCCCUGGGGCCCAUCGUGGCCGGCCAGAUUGUGCACACCAUGGGCUUUGCACAGCUCAACCUGGGCAUGGGGCUCGCCAACGUGCUUUACGCCCCUGUCCUCCUCUUCCUUAAAAACGUCUGCCAAAUGAAACCCUCUCACUCGGAGAGGAACAUCCUCCUUGAAGAAGGACCUAAGGGACUCUACGACACCAUCAAAAUGGAGGAGCGCAAAGGCAUGGGCAAAAGUCUCCGGCCAGCAGGCGAGACGAAGGAGAACGGUAUGGACUCCUACCGCAGAGACCUGACAGGGGUGUCCGAGGAGGAAUCGUCAGACUAUGAGUACAGUUAG